AUGUUUUUGACAACAUCCGGGUCGUAUUUGGAAAAUUGGCGGUUGGUUACGCGCAUUGGUGUUUUUGUGUUCUUUUUUGGCGAAAGAUAUUUAAACGUCGACUCUAUUCCAUCUCAUUAUGCGUUUAUUUACACUAUAACUUUUUAGUGCUCAUUUUUACUUUAAUUUUGGAUUCAUGGUUUCUUUCUGUACACGGGAAGGCGUCCGUCGGCUACGGGUGAACUUUACAGCUAGCUUAAGAGCUAACUCUCAAUAAUGGCGAAUUCAGAGUUGAUCAAAAAGAAGAAUGGACACCAUCUGUGGUUUUCUCUUCUUGGACUGGGUUUUCAUCCAGAAAAUGCUGCUUCGUCUGUCACAGGAAAAGCCAACGUUAAACAUCUCAACUUGGGACCGAAUAUGUUCACGAAACCUAAUAGGGAGGCCUUCUACAUUGUGACUCAUUUCCUUUUGGAGAAACUGAACCCGACUCGAUUUCAUGACGCCUACAGGCAUUGCUGGCCUGUUUUAAACCACAAAGCUGAUGCUGAAUUCCGGAAGAUUACCUGUAGCUGGCUAAGAGAAAUCAUGGAUGAAACUGCAAAUGCCGGAUCCAAAGUUGUGGCAUCACUAUUCCUGUCGCCUGGAGGCCCCAAGUUUACCAGCUUGAUGCUUCAAUUGGCCCAUCAUGUCAUGUUGCAGGAAAUGAAAGCACUCAUCACUGAUGACGGUUGGGUUCCUGAGGUUGCAGCACUUCCAGCCACCAGUUUGGACACGGCAGUUAAAAGAUCCAGCCUGAUCCGCAGUCGCUUUAUGAAAGCUGCUGUAGAUCAAGAUCGUUUUCUCCAUAAUUACCAGAAACAAGCCCAGAUUAUUGUCAAGUCUAUGAAGGAGAUCAGAGCAGAGGGGGCCAAGUAUGAUAAACUGGAUGAUUUUACACAAGAUGAAGCUGUUCUAGCUGAGAAGACAAGAAAGGUGCGGUCCUUGUGGUCAGACAUUGAAGGGAUGCUGUCAACGAUCAAAGAAGACCAGAGUGCAGUAGAAAGUGUUUUGAAGGGAGAUGUGGAUCGAUAUGUCCUGGACGGAACAAACCGAACCCUCAGAAUUCCUCGCUGCCUUCUGGAAAAAGUUGAGAAACUCCCACAGCAGCUAACGUCAGGGAAUGUGUAUGAAGCGGGGAAACUAAACCUGCUCUGCAUCGUGGAGCUGAUGAACCACGCUUUGAGGACCCUGAAAGAAGAACACUGUCAGGUGUCUGCUGCCUCCAAACCACAGAUCAGUCCUGAGGAACUGCAGGAAAAGUGUCGUCAUAUGACCCAUGUGCUUCAGGACCUCUGCCUUAUCAGGCAGAAGAUUUCUAAAGAAGAAACUCCACAGCUCAGGUUUGCCAUCAAAGAUUUGGAGGCCGACUGGGACAGAAGGUGGAUGGAUACUCUGAAGGAGACGCCCCUUAUGUCGUUUCUUAAUAACGAUCCCACUCUUGGUUUCCUGUCUCCUAUGGCCCCGCUGUCUUUCGAACCUGCUGCGGAGUCUACUUACAGCAGCAGCGUCUUCUCCCAGUUCCCUGCUAAGCUUGUUGAAGAAAAGCCUCCAGAGAGGGAAUCACAGCAGCCUGUUAGCCCUGGUGUUCACACUCCCAUCAGUUCCAGCAACGGGACAGUCGACUCAUCUGAAACCCCGCCCACCAGGGCUCCACAUAGAAAAACCUCUUUUGACUGGCUCAUCGAAUCGCCUCCAUUUCCCCCUCAAAAGGCGGCUUCACCACCUAUUGCCAGUGUCAAAAAAAACACUCUUCCGAAAGCUGCUCCUAUGAAGACCCAGACUCAAAUUUUGGACAUGGAGUGUGAUAACCUUGCUGAUCAGCUUGCAGAUGCCGUAGCUUCACCUGGGCCUGUAGAAGGCAGAGAUAAAGGCUUGGACUUUGAGGCGCUGCUGAAAACUCUGUCAAAGGAUCCUUUCGCCACCAGAAAACAGCUUCCACGAACACCAGAGAGCUUGAUUAACGAUGUGAAAAGCUCCUGGAGGAAGGCGGUUGAAGAAGUGAAGAAGAGUUGUCCAGCUGUGGAGCUGAAUGACAGCCCAGCCGGGGGAAUCGGGACCUUCGGUGAAACUCGUGGCACCAAGUCUCCCUCUCAGACUGUGACCUCUACUGUUGACCCCUCUAUUGAGAUCCAGGAUGCUCCCUCUGUCUGCAAACAGGGGGUCUUUUUUAAGUCCAACCUAUCAUGGGACACAUUCACCGAGGCCCUCGACAGCCCCAGCGGCACAGGCAGCAGUGCCGUCCAGUUCAGCCUCGAGCACGAAACCCUCCCCGAACUGCCCAGUUUGGAUAGUCUGGGUCUUGACAACGACGAUGAUGAUUUGAAAUGUGAGGAUGAUGAAGAGCCGCUCAUCACUUUACCACAGACUGAAUCGAAGCCUUUUGUUUCGUAUCACCUGGAUCAGAGUCGGCGUGCCAACCGUGAGGGUGCACGGACAGCAGAGUGUCUUUUGGGAGAUUUCAGUUUGGACAGAGACUGGCUGAUGGGAGCUGGUCCGUCAGAGGAGAAAGCAAAAGUUUUCUCUCUGGAUUUGGAGUCAUUGGAGACUCCUUCACCCGCAAAGGAGUACGAUCUCCCCAAGCUUAUUUCAUUCUCUCCAAUAAAUGACAUGAAAUGUUAACCAAUCCCACAGAAUGGGUUCCUCAGCAGGUCUUAUUUUGAUUUAAAUACAUGUAAUAAAUUUGUACAAAGCUGUAAAAUAAAUUGUAUCUAUUUUA